UUUGAGGGCGCUGUGAAGUGCGGCCCUCCUGCCUUGGCUCGCUGGGUGGGCUAAAUCCUGGCUCCCAAGCUGGGGACCAGAGAUGGGGGGACGGGGUCUCCGGGGUCUAGACGAAGCUGCGCCCCACUGUUGUAGCUGCGGCAGGCGGCCCGCAGCCCCUCGCGUUCCCCAAGCACCUGGUGAUGCACGAGCAGGAGGCGCCCUAACUCUCCCAGUAGCUCCCGUGUUCGUGUGUGUAUUAUACCUGAUAGUGAUGCUACCAAGCGCAGGACAGACUCACCCAGUUCUUGACUUGGCAGAUUUACAAGAUCUUUAAAAUUGUCCAGGUUACUAGUCCCAGUUCUUUAAAUAUUCAGGGUCCCAGCUUAGCAGAGUAAUCUAAUACAAGAAGUAUUGUACAGGGAUAGUACAUACUUGUAAAAAGACAUAAUUAUUCAUAAUUGUUCUGAGAACUUUCUUUGGCCAACUGCUUCCUUGUAAUGCCCAAACAAGAGAUUGCUUUAUCCAACGUUGUUAAAGUGACAAUUUGUUCAGACACUUGAUCACCAUGGUUGUCAAUGUGCUGCCAUAUUGAGGACAAGGUUCAGAACAGGAAAGAGAGCUCUCUAGAUAUAGUCUGAUAUCUUCCUCUAGUUCAUCUUAUUUUGAAGCCUCUAAAAUCUUCCCUCUAGCAAAUGUUACUAGGUGCAUUAUGCCUUGGGGAAAAAUACAAUGAGGCAUUUGCUGUCCACAGAAAGAUUCUCCUCUCUUCCACACGCCAGUAGAAAGUUGACUAAUUAUCUAGGCCCACAAUCUGUUCUUUUGCUUCUCUCCACCUCUAUUCCGGAAAGAUCUGGAAAAAUAGAACAGCCACACACCAUGGCUCUAAACAGUAAUUGACUUUAGAACUGUCUGGAAGAAACAAAUUCUGAUGUCAAGGGGCCUGUGCUGCAUAUUCUGUUCUAUUAGACCCCGGACAGUUCACUCUAAGGGCUGUUGGAAUGAUUAUUAUUAUUUGUAUUACUGAAUUGCUUAGGAGCCCUAGUUAUGGACCAGGAGCCACUGUGCUAGGCACUGUACACAUAGAAAAAUGAAAAGAAGGUCUCUCAUGUAGUCAGGAUCCUCUCCAUAAAAGAGCUUUCUAAAUCAGCGAUGCACCCUACCCAGAAGUCAGGACGGUCUUCAGAAGAAUCUUUUUCUGCUGAUGCUAUAGGAAGGCAGUCUUCCAGUCUCCAAAUGUAGGUUCAAGUAGCAGGCAUUGGAAUAAUCAAGUAUGGAUAUCAAAAAGGCAUGGAUAAUUGUGCCACAGGCCACAUCAGACAAACUAUUGCCUUACCAGACAUAGGUGAAAAAAGGCACUUCUAACUACUGAUGUCUCCUAAAAGUAUGUUGCUGUAUGUAAACACCAAUCGGAUGGCAAACUGCCUUGAUUGUGGUUGAGCAUUCUUUGUGGUUGAGCAUCCAGCCUUCUGUUAAAGGGAAAGUCAUUGUGAAGAGUGGAAGACCUCUUGGUGCUGAGGAAGCAUGGGAGGAAAGGUUUCCAGUACAUAGAAUCGCAAACAGUACUUGAGAGAAAUGACCCACUGGUUUCAUCGCAACCCUUUAAAGGCUACAGCUCCUGUCACAUUCAAUUUCUAUGGAGUAGCCAGCAGUCCUGCUGCAACAAAGAUUUGCAAUGACUUAAGAUCAUCCAGGGUACGACUCUUGGAGCUGUUUACUGACUUGAGUUGUAAUCCAGAAAUGAUGAAGAAUGCAACUGAUUUGUACUUUUCACUCUUGCAAGGCUUUAUAGUCUCACUGGAUAACUCUUCUCAAGACUGCAAGUUGCGAUAUAUUCAGAAUUUUAAGUGGACAGACACAUUACAAGGACAAGUUCCAAGUGCCCAGCAGGAUGCUGUGUUCGAACUGGUUUCCAUGGGAUUUAACGUGGCUCUCUGGUACACAAAAUAUGCAUCGAGACUGGCCGGGAAAGAAGAUAUAACAGAAGAUGAAGCAAAAGAUGUUCACAGAAGCUUGAAGAUAGCAGCUGGGAUUUUUAAACAUUUGAAGGACAGCCAUAUCCCCAAACUGAUUACACCUGUAGAAAAGGGAAGGGAUUUAGAAGCUCGACUUAUAGACUCCUAUAUCAUCCAGUGCCAAGCUGAAGCUCAAGAAGUGACAAUUGCCCGAGCUAUUGAGCUGAAACACAAUCCUGGUCUGAUAGCUGCUCUAGCCUAUGAAACAGCCAAUUUCUACCAAAAAGCUGAUCAAAUGUUAUCCAGUUUGGAUCCAGCGUACACUAUUAAAUGGAGAAAGUACUUACAGUUGAAGGCAUGUUUCUAUAUGGCUUAUUCAUACUGCUACCAUGGUCAAACUCUGCUGGCCAGUGAUAAAUGUGGAGAAGCAAUCAGAUCUCUGCAGGAAUCAGAAAAAUUUUUUGUCAAGGCUGAAGCAUUAUGCAAAGAAUAUGGUGAAACGAAAGGGCCUGGGACUACUGCCAAACCCUCUGGCCACCUCUUCUUUAGGAAACUGGGAAGUCUGGUUAAGAAUACCCUAGAAAAAUGCCAGAGAGAAAAUGGAUUCAUUUACUUUCAGAAAGUGCCACCUGAGGCUCCUCAGCUGGAGCUGAAGGCGAACUAUGGCCUGGUAGAACCCAUCCUUUUUGAAUUUCCUGCCUUGCAUGCACACUGGACCCCUGAAACACUUGCUGCAUUUGAUCUCACCAAGAGGCCAAAGGAUGACAGUGCUAAGCCAAAACCAGAGGAAGAAGUGAAACCUCUGAAAGAACCAGAUAUAAAGCCUCAAAAAGACAGUGGAUGCCAGAUCUCUUAAACACCAUGAGUGCUUUGAAUUCCUUCUACAAGUUGUAUUUAAUGAACUCUGGGGCUUUCAUUUCAGAUCCCCUUUUCUAAUUCUUCUUAAUCCUAAAGAUUAAUUUUCUGAUUUAUGUUUAGUAGAGGUCUCUUCAUUGAGAAUGUGGCUGGAUUUAUAAAUGAAAUUAUUUAUAGCCAUGCUUUUUGUUGUUUUAGUUGGGACCUCAGAAUGAGCUCAAAUGUCCACAUGCUUAUAGAAAGUGUUUUAAGUUUAGGUUGUGGUUCUCAGGUUAGCUUCUAUACCGAGAAUAGCAUACUGAAGUUAGUAUUUCUCACGAUAGGAAAGGCUGGUAAAGUUAAAGAUAUGGUUUCUUUCCAUGAGAUUUAAUUCCUUACAUGCUACUUAUAGUGUCAAGUGCCCAGAACAAAAAAGAUACAAAUGGAAAUUUGCCAGGAGCAAUCUUUUAGUCAUGUUUGUCACAAAGGCUUAAAACCCUGUCUCAUUCCCAUUCUGUUUCUGAUAAAUGAGAAAAGUAAUUCUCAGCUGGGCUUUAUCCAUGUGGAAACUUCUAUAGUGAAGUCGCUUCACUAUACUUCUUCAGAAGCAGAAUUUCUCCAUAAUCAGAAUGCAGUUUAUACUCAGUUGAAACAACUGGACACUCCAUUCUACUUCACUUUAAACAGGUUUCCCUAUACCCAAGUUCAUAGUAACCUGCUUCCUCUGUAGCUUUUUUCUUUUAUCCAUCUGCUUACUUUGAAGCCUUUUAAUCUCAAACUGGGAGUCUGGUGGUGGCAUGGGAGUAUGAGUAAGCAAGUAAGUGGAAAAGAUCUUAAAAUGAAUAUAUCGUUGUGUCAGACUUCCAGACUUUUUCAGAGUUUAAUACUGUGCGGGGUCCAGAAUGAGUGAAUUAUGGGUACUUAAAAUUCAGUGGCUUCGUAGAACUCAGAUGAAUGCAUUUAGCCGUAAUUAAUGUGCUGUAUUUUCAAUUGGGUAAUACCUGCUCUGUCAAUGGCUUCAUUUAACUAAGACAAUGAGUAUUGCUGGCGUUUCAGCUCAAAGGAGACCCAGCUCUAGAUCUCCUUUACCUCAAACAUAAAUGGCAUCUUCUCCCAGCUUUCUUAAUUGCUAGCUGAAAACAGCACCUUGAUAAAGAGCAGCUGUGGAAAAAAUGACCCCAGGCAAGACUGAGGCUGAUUGGAAGAGGGAAGUGCUCUGAAGAACUUGUUGUUUCUAUAAUUUUCCCCACUAUUGAGGACUUACACUCUCAGACAAGUUAGUUUGCAGCCUUGGUGUCCUAUGGGCAUUCAGCAGUAAUGAGUUCAAUAGAACUGUGACAACAAAAACAUCUAUUUUUCAUUUGUAACUGGUCAGAAGAUUGUCUGGCACACAACUAGUCACAGUGAUCCAUGUGUGUAUGUAUGUCUUCCAGGCUUGAGCUUUGCAAGUCAUUACACCUAAGAAUAAAGCUACACACCGUGAAAAAGCAUCAGCUGAUAAUAAGCACAGGAACCCAUGUGGUUAGCAUCGCAGGUUACAAGGAAAGUAUGCUCCAGUGCUCUGCUGUCUCCAUUCAGUACAGAGACCAGUUCAAUGACUCUGUCUUGAUAUUCAGAAUCUUCUGUGGGACUGGAUGUAGCUACCCGGCAGAUCGUGACUUUCCACAACAGCUGGAACAAAGAAGCUGUUAGCCAAUAAGAGGCAAUUUAUGAAGUUGGGAAACCGAACUUUCACAGAAACUGGACUGGACCAGGAAACUCAUUGCCACAAGAGAUAGGAAUGAUUGUGGUGCUAACCACUAUGGACAGAUCAGAUGCAAAACUCGUUUCUUCAAUUUACCUUUCUCCUAAUCAGUUCUAUACACACGUCUCUAUAAACUAAUCAAACUAUUUCUCUUACAGGUUGUAAAGGACAAGAUCAUUUAUGUUUUUAACUAUUUGAGGUGUUUAGAUGUUUUGGGGCAGGGGGCAGGGCUGUAAGUACCUGGAUAGAUAUUUCUCUCUCACAACUUCUCCACUUUUUUCUUGUUGCAUCCCACGUUUUGAAGGAAGGGAACUGAGUAUGUUUGGCCAAGGUUUCGCCAAGUGUUGAUUUACUGAUGAGAAAAUUCUGGUCUCCUGAAUAAUUAUAGGGGCCAUUUUAGGAUCUCCCACACUGGUAGUGGUGAAGGAGUUGAAGGUGGAGAAUGGAGGUCGGAAGUAUGUAUUGUUGCCACAAAAUCCUGUUCUUUUAAAGUAUAUUCUAUCCUUGCAGUUAUGUGGCUUUCAUUUUACUAAAGGAUAAGAAGCUGAUGUAGCUCCAUGCUCCCAGUCCUAAAUUUGCAGUAUGUUCUCUUACUCUUUUAUGCUUAAUAACCUGUACUGAGGCAUUUUUCUACUGACUGACAAUUUUAUCUCCUCUAAUUAAAGUUAAGAUUUAAUAAAUCACAGUUUUCUCUUAAUCCCUGCUGCUGACUAUUGCACAGAUUCGCCUGACUGGUUUUAUUUUCUUGCACAUGUGUGUUCAUGCACCUGCAUUGGUGCAUUUGACCAUGUGUGUACUGUAGCAUAUAAAUUUCUUCCUAAAAUCCAAAUCUGUAGUUUUUGUGUAACCAUUGACCAGAUCUUCCCCAAAAAACCUUCCAAAAGCUUAUUUUAUGAACUUGCAUAUUUACUGGCAUUUGGACCCUGGCAUUGUAUUAUCCCCUACUUUCUGGAACUAAGUGACCUGUUUGAUUUAAAUUCACUGUAAAUGUUUGCUGGCUGUGUACAACUCAAGUGUUAAAUAAUGGCAUUACAUAAGCCAGGUUGUAACCUUGUGCUGGUCCCAGGCUGUAGCUGUUUUCAGUAACCACAAGAUAGUAGCUUUAAAAACUGAUUAAAAGAAUGAGUUUGUGCUCUUAAACUUUGUUGCUACUCAAGAUUUACUUUUGUUUACUCACUACAUACCAUAGGCUUUAAAAUACAAGUAGUCUUGCUUGUGGGCAAGGAAUAUUGUUAUAGCCAUGUUGGUCCCGGGAUAAUGAGACAAGGUGGGUGAGGUAAUAUCGUUUAUUGGACCAACUUCCAUUGGUGAGAGAGACAAAGCUUUUGAGCUUACACAGAGCUCUUCUUCAGAAAGUAAGAGUGUAACAGCUAAAUACUGUGACACUUUUAGUACCUUUACCAGCCUGAAGAGCUCUGUGUAGCUUGAAAGCUUGUCUCUCUCACCAACGGAAGUUGGUCCAAUAAAAGAUAUUAGCUCGCCUACCUUGGCAAGGAAUAUAGACAUUUUAGUCUGAAAAUAAGUAGAGGGUGCUAUUCUGUAACGGGUGAUUCCCUUUUGAGUUCUUAUGAAGCGGGCGAUUUUGUUAAGGUAUUUAAAUACAGACACUCCAUUCUUUGAGUUAACUAUUUCAUUUGCUUAAGCAUUUAGAAAGCCUAAUUGGGGGGCUUCAGUCGGUCUGCACAUAUAUGUGUAUAUAAUAAAUUUCCUUCUGCUAAGGUUUCCUUUAGUAAUUUUUAAAAAGAUAAUGUAUUUCAUAAGGUGACUUUUUAAUAUUUAUUAACAUCAGCAUUAGUAGGCCUCUCCCUUCUUACAGUGAGGACGUGGUUUAGUGAUGACCUCUGUCUGAGGGUGCAAUUUUACAUUUAAUUACACCCAGAAAAAAAAGUUGAUGUAAACGUCUGAUAUCUGACUUGAUACGUGUGCUUGUACUUCACAGUGGAGGCAAAAUUUGCAGCCACAAAGAAGGCAGACACUAGAGUACUAGCUGAACAUCAGGCUCUUGGUGUUUUUGUCCUUUUAAAAUAUUUAACACGAGGGCUCAUAAUAGCUUAAUAAUUAAAGCAAAACAUGUCCUUUAUAGAAAAAUAAUUCUAAAUGCAAUUAAUACACAUAUGAUGUGUGUCUCACUCCAUGGUCCACGUUACUAGGUUAAUAAGAAAUGUAAUCAUUUAGCACGUAACACUCUUUACAUCCAAAGGACUAAAUCAUGUCCUUGAAUGUGCAUGCCCAUCUCUCAUGGGCUUCUAUUGGAGUCUUGUAUGUGCAUCCAAGUGCAGGAUUUGAUCCAUUUAUGUAUUUAGUAUGACUAAUUGGCUGAUAUACCAUGACAAUACAAUACCUGUGCAUAGUCUAAGAAAGAAAGCAGACACUUGUUUAUGUACAGUAUUGUAUAGCCAACUUUGCACUUUAGAAACUCUAAUCAUUCAUUUUCAGUACUGUAGAAUGUGCUUGUAAAUACUCCUUUAUUUUUGUUUCUGUUGUACUGAUUGCUGCAGUCUGAUACUAGUGAGAUUUCAUGGGAAAACAUAAAAUUAAAAUGUAUUGUCCACUGUAUGUAUAAAAUAAACUGUUAAUGCAA